GCCCGGCGAAAGGAAUGGACGACGUGCCUGGGAAAAAGACGUGGAUCGUUGGUGUACAAUUCAAUGAUGGUUUUGCAAAUAAUUACACUAUUCUGAGAUAGACAGUCGAUUGACUGUAGAAAGUAUCAUGAUUUCCAACCACAGGGUAGUACUGAAGCAACGACCAAGUUACAAUACUCCACCAUCUGAAGGAGAUUUCCACUAUGAAGAGUGUCCUAUCCCAGAAAUCGAUGAUGGACAAAUCCUGGUAAAAACCUUAUACCUGUCAAUGGACCCAUAUAUGGUAGAUACUAAGUUGACUGGGAAACACUACUCACUGAUGUUGAGUUUACUAGGUCUGCCAGGCCUAGCUGCUUUUAUUGGUAUACGUCAGAAGGCACACAUCAACCCAAAAGGCAACCAGACGAUGAUAGUGAGUGCAGCGGCAGGAGCGUCUGGUUCAAUGGCUGUUCAGAUUUCUAAACUUGAAGGUUGCAGUAGAGUUGUUGGCAUUUGUGGUUCAGCAGAAAAAUGCAAGUUUGUCACGGAGGACCUAGGUGCUAAUGAUGCCAUUAAUUACAAGAGUGAAGAUGUGGACAAACGACUUUCUGAAACCUGCCCUCAUGGAGUAGAUAUAUAUUUUGAUAAUGUCGGAGGUGAAAUAAGUGAGGCUGUUAUCAACCAUAUGAAUGAUAAUGGACAUGUGGUGUUGUGCGGACAGAUUGCAAUGUACAACACGGACCAGGAGUAUCCGCCCCCACUUGCAGACGACAUCCAAGAUCUUGUCUGCUCUCGGGACAUCACCAGAGAUCGUUUCCUUGUGCUUAACUAUGUGGAGAGAUUUCAAGCCAGCAUUCUGCAACUACACAAAUGGCACAAAAUGGGCAAACUAAAGUGUAGAGAAUCUGUAGCCAAUGGAUUAGAUAAGGCACCUCAAGCUUUCAUUGCAAUGAUGAGUGGUAAAAACAUCGGUAAACAAAUAGUCUACAUUGCUGACCCUUGAUGGUACCAUGAUGACAGCAAGCCACCUAUCAACCAGUGUCUCAAGAAUACCCCAACACCAUAUUGUCUUCAGAAACUGUAUAUAGUGUAUAAAUAUUGACUGCUUGUGAGGGGAUUGUUAAAUCUAUUGCCCCAAGGUGAUGUGGAGAUCGUAGCCUAUCUCCCCGAAGGCCUGAGGGAAGGUAGUUUACGGUCCCCACAUCACCGAGGGGCAAUAGAUUUCACCGUUCACCAAAUCUAGAGCAGUAAAUAUUUGUUAUAUAUACCUCAUACAUAGAUUCUAUGAUGCCUAAAAAGUACUUACUUCUCAGCCUAGCCUCCCUAGAGUCCUACAACUAAAGGGCCUAGCUAUGCCUAGGCUAGGUGAUCAAAGAGUGUGUCAGCUAUUCUUUGCUCAUUUUCUCAAUUUCAACACAUCGUCUUGCAAUAUAAUUUGUCUUUUGGUACUUUUGCUAUCGGUAUGUGCUAGUCCACCAUCCAGGAGCUCGAACGGACAGCCUCCAUAGUUAUUGUCAUCUACUCGCUGAUCCGUGGCGUGUCAAGGGCCAAUAUCUUUUAUCAUAGACGUUGCAUUCACCUUUACCGUCAGCGCGAAUCACCGCGAUGGUGGGGCCUAGAAUUAGCACCACGCGACAGGUUAAAGAAGUAUAUUUUUCAGAAGAAUAGUGCUUUUUCAGGGGAAUAGUACUUUUUCAGUGGAAUAGUACUUUCUGUUGCCCGCUUCUUAACCAAUCAGAUGCCUAGAAUCUAUGUAUGAGGUAUAUAAUAUAUUAUAUUUUGAAUAUCUUCACAUACUAAUGGUAUUAUAUGUUGUGACCCAACUCUUGGUCAUGCCAUUUGUGUGUACUAUAGAAAUGCUGUACUUAUUUACGUAUGUAUCUUGUACUAGAAGGCUUUUAAAAAUGUUCAUUAAAGAUUCAUAUGCUGGGACGGGGAGGUAGUUGGGUGCGAAAAUUGAGAAUGCGGAACUGGGAGUGCGAAAAUUAAGAAUACGGAACCAAAUCCAUAUUCCAAUGAAACCUUAACGAUCAUUUUUAGUAUUUUAACUCACUUAGUGGAAUUUGUUGCUAUAAGGUGAGGGGAUAGGGGUGUAUCCACACCCUCUUGCUUACACCCAUGUAUUGCAUACUGAAUGCAAAUAAAUACAUGCCAAUUUUCUGAGAUUCAACAGGUGAAGCAAUAAGAGUCACAGUAUUGAGUUUCAACAUUAUGACAUGUAAUUUUUUCCUUGGCGGAUGCAUUUCAGUGCUUUCUUAUCUGAAAUUAAUCAGUGUACUCCUCAAGUUAAAGCCCCAUUCCCGGCAAAAUUUCACUAAAAACUGACUUUUUUUUUAGAAAAUAUGCGUUUGCAUUACUCCAAUUAUUAUAAAUCAUGGAAAAAUAUUGGCAUGAAUUUUAGUUUUACG